AUGCUUUCACUUCUGAUUCUACUCAGCCACCUGCCCACGGUUACCUUGGCGUUUCCUCAUUGUACAAGAAGUCUAGAGGAUUCCGGGUAUGCUGGGGAAGAAGUCUUUACAUCAAAAGAAGAAGCAAACUUUUUCAUCGGUCGCCGCCUUCUAUACAAUAGAUUUGAUUUGGAGCUCUUCACCCCCGGUGACCUAGAAAGAGAGUGCUAUGAGGAGAUUUGUAACUAUGAGGAAGCCAGAGAGAUCUUUAUGGAUGAAGAUAAAAUGAUGACAUUUUGGCAGGACUAUUCAAUUAAAGGACCAAGCACAAAACCAGAUGGUAACAGAGAAAAAGUCGAUGUUAUGGGCCUUCUGACUGGAUUAAUUGCUGCUGGAGUAUUUUUGGUUAUUUUUGGAUUAUUUGGUUACUAUCUUUGUAUCACCAAGUGUAAUAGACAAUCACAUUUAAGUUCUUCAGCUGCCUAUGCAAGAAGUACGCACACUCCCUCCAUCCUUUUCAGAAGACCUGAGGAGGCUGUCUUGUCUCCGUCACCUUCUGCGGAGGACACAGGACUACCUUCUUAUGAACAGGCAGUGGCACUGACCAGAAAACAAAAUGUUUCUCCACCACCACCGUAUCCUGGGCCAGCAAAAGGAUUUAGGGUAUUUAAAAAGUCUCUGUCUCUCCCAUCUCACUAA